CCAGUUUCACGUCUAAAACAAAGGAGUAUCAUGCAGCAAAAUUUAAAGCUAACUUAAAACUAUAUAAUAAAGCUUAUAUAUACUAGCAAAUGUCGAAAUCCCUUUAGAAAUAGUACAUGAAUGUUAAGAAUAAAUAUAAGCACUCACAUUGAGUACCACCAACCAAAUUAAAGCCCUUGUAUAUUCCUCAACAAACAGAAUAUACAAGGACAGAAAGUACCGUAAGUAUUAUAGGAGUGAUUACAAGCUCGCAAUUGCCACAACAGCCUCGAUGUAAAAUUAUUUUAAGAAUUUAAUAAGGAUUAUUACAGCGCAAGUGCUUCUCGGGAUUCCAGUUUGAAGAUUGGAAGUUAUUUUUGGCUGCGCAAAGUAGAGCGACUCUUCCACACCACUGCCCGGACAGAGACAGAGACAGACUGAACCCACAGGUCUCCCUGCUCGUCUCUUUCUUACGUCCUGUCCUGGAAGAAAGGAGUGGGAGAGAAAGAGGGCGGAGUGGGGAAAAGAGGGAAAAGAGAGAGAAGGACCGGAUGCGUAAUUGCGGUUAAUUGGUUGCAGACUUUGCCUUCCAACAUUUCGGAGAACGAGGUCGAGAAGAGGAGUUUAUUUUAUUUUCUUUCAUUUUUUUUCUUUUCCUUUUUUUCUGCAGCUACCAAGACUUUCCUGUUGUAGGCUGUAGGCUAAAUCUUGUUUUUGGCAGAGAGGAAGAGAAGAAACGAUAUCCUGUAGCCUGUCCUUUCAUUCAUCAGUCUUUCGUCCCGUCACAUUGCAGAGCCGAGAAACUGGCAGUAGGAGAGAGCCAGAGGUGGAAUUAUUUCAGCAAAUCUUAAGCUUUUAGUCUGUUCAAGAUUCUGUCAUCAGCGCCGCGCGGACUCAGGAUUAGUUCCUCUGAAACACCAGGUGCCGGUGGAGACUAGAGAGAUGAAGACUUUAUCCCUCCUCUUCCUCCUCCUCCUCCUCCUCGCCUCGGGAGCCUGUGAUGGAGUCAAGUACAUCUCCAAAAGGAACUCAGUGGAUGGAUGCAUAGACUGGUCAGUGGAUCUGAAGGAGUACCAUGUUCUGGCUGGUGAGCCUGUUCGAGUGAAAUGUGCCUUGUUCUACAGCUACAUCCGAACCAACUACACCAUGGCCACCAAUGCCAAGCUGCGCCUCAUCUGGUACAAGAACAAAGGAGACGCAGAGGAGCCUAUCAUCUUCUCAGGCCAUAGACUGAGUAAAGAAGACGACUCCAUCUGGUUCAGAUCUGCUGAAAUGGAAGACAAUGGGUUCUACACCUGUGUACUAAGGAACUCGACAUACUGCAUGAAAGUGUCCAUGUCGAUGACUGUGGAGGAGAGUGACGAGGGCAAAUGCUUCAGCAGCAAAAUCCGUCAUCUGGAGAAAGCUGAGAUAACCCAUAGCAAAAUGAUCAACUGCCCUGAUAUCGAAGACUAUUUGGCUCCAUACAAGCAACCGCAGAUGACUUGGUAUAAGGAGUGUGAGCGGGUUGAAUGGAGAAGCUCCAUCAUAGUUAACACAACACAUAUCUGGAUUCCUGAGGUGGAGGAGGGUGACGGGGGAAAUUACACCUGUGAGUUACAGUAUGGAUCCAGACUGGUGCGGCGGACUACACAGCUCAAAGUCACAGCUCUCCAGACCACUCAGCCUCCAAAGGUCCUUUUCCCUCCAGAGAGACAAGAUACGGUGAUAGAAAUUACGCCUGGUAUGCCCCUCAGUCUGGACUGCAAGGCGUUUUUUGGCUACAGUGGAGAAAACAGAAGGCCUAUUAUCUACUGGAUGAAAGGAGAAAAAUUUGUGGAAGAACUCGCAGGACACAUUAAAGAAAGUGAAGUGAGGAUUUUAAGGGAGCAUUUAGGGGAGAAGGAGGUGCAGCUAUCCUUAAUGUUUGAUGCUGUGGAAGAGACAGACCUGGCCAACUACACCUGCUAUGUGGAGAACCACAUAGGGAAACGCAGUGGGAGCGCUAUACUGCAGAAGAAAGAUAUGUAUCGUUUGGAGUUGGCUGGUGGGCUGGGAGUCAUACUGUUGCUGCUGGGAGUCCUGACAGCACUGUAUAAGUGUUACAAUCUGGAGAUCAUGCUGUGCUACAGGAGACACUUUGGGAGUGAUGAAACUGAAGAUGAUAAUAAGGAGUAUGAUGCUUAUCUGUCCUAUACUAAAGUGGACCUAGACUCUUUGGGCAGCAGGACAAGCAGCGAUGAGGAAACAUUUGCUUUAGAGAUCCUGCCGGAUGUUUUAGAGAAACAUUAUGGAUACAAGCUGUUUAUACCAGACAGAGAUCUAAUACCCAGCAGCACCUACAUUGAGGACUUGGCUCGUAGUGUGGAUCAGAGCAGACGGCUGAUCAUCGUUUUGACUCCAGAGUUUGUCGCCAAAAGAGGGUGGAGCAUCUUCCAGAUAGAGACACGCCUCCACUCCAUGUUGGUUACCGGUGAGAUCAAGGUGAUCAUGAUAGAGUGUGCAGACCUGAAAAAUGUCAUCAACUAUCAAGAGGUGGAGGCACUGAAACAUACAAUCAAGGUUUUAUCCAUCAUCAAGUGGAGGGGUCCUAAGAGCAAUGAACUGUCCUCUAAGUUUUGGAAACAGGUGGUCUACGAAAUGCCUGCUAAACGCAGAGAGACCUUGUCCAGACGUCAGGUGAUGGACUCUGGUGAACAGGGCCUCUUUGGUGACCUACAAACUACUGUUUCCACCAUUGCCAUGACAACCACUUCCGCCUCCUUGGCCCCUCCUAAUGAGAAUAGGCAUGGACAUCAUCAGGUUGCUUUGGCUACAGAAAUCCCUGACUACAACCAGAUGACUUUGCCACUGGGAGGUGGUCACACUGCCACAGCAGCCCAAAUGAGGCAUUUCUGCCGUAGCUACGAGUUCCAGCUUCCCCCACAACCUUCCUCCCUGUCACCUCCCCUCCCGCCUCCUUCCACCAUGCAGUUCUCAACUCUGGGCCCGGGGGGACGCCACGUCUAUUGCAACAUCCCUAUGACACUACUGAAUGGACAGGGGUUCAGAGCAGUUCACUGGGGACCAAGAGGUGCCUCAGAGCAGUACACUCGGGAAGAAGCCGGAACUCCACCUGAACAGCACCUUCGUACCUCUCACCAGCAGAGAACUAAGCUCUGACAUCUGGUAGAUGGACUGCUCAACUGGUACACGAUUACAGACCGGUUUACAGACUGCUUUUACACUGGCUUAGGACAUGGGGUAGAUUGGUUUGUCAACUGGUUUUCACUGGGUUCUUGGAAUGUGUACAGCCAUGGCAUUCAAGAGAGACUCCCUUCAGACUUGUGGUACUCUUCAUCCCAAAGGAUUGCUUAAAGACUGUAUAAUGCUUGGACUGAUAAAGACUGGGUAAACUGGCUACAGACUGCUUGCAGACAGAUGAGUUCAGUUUACAAAACUGAUUGUACACAGCAACUAAUUACAGACUGAUACAAUCUGCAAGCUGUGUAGCCAUGAUCACUGGUGACCAUUGGAAAGGAGCCCCCGUAAUUCAACGGGGCUGGUCAUGGGCAUUUGGCCAGUGCAAAGAGUCUGUAAAUGGGUAUGGACGUGUGGAUAUACUGAACUGGAAAAUUUGAUGAAAAGGUCCAAUGAGGAGGUACUCCUUCUGUCAAACAAGUUACCAAGAUGGACAUCAGAGCAGAAAAAAAGUAUCUUGUAAUCACAGUCUACUCGCACACUAGAUUUGUUCCCAAGAACCAGCUGAUUUGUCAGUCUUUUGACUACUCUGAAGUAUCAGCUGACUGAAGAACAAAGGUGGUGUAAUCUCAGAAGUCCACUCGAUCUAAGUUCAGUCUACCUGUUGACUAAGUUGGCUUGUCAGUGAACUAGGCACAGUUGAAGUAGUGAUUUUGGAAUACCAGUUCACCUUAAAACAACAAGUCAACCUCUUGAACUACAGUGCUAGCUAGCUAGCUACCUGGUUUGGCUCUUAGAGACUAAAAUGGUUGACUUCAAAGAAAUGGAUUCCAGGAAGAUUUUUUAGAUAAGAAGUGAUGCGUAAAGCAUUUGCUAAGCUUAAUUACUGAGCAAGUUAGAUGGUGUAUAUGGAAACAUAAAAGGCUAAUUACUUCUUGAGCUAGGCAGGUUAUGCUAAAAGGCUCUGUGAAACUGAAAAACCAGCCAGCUCAUUACCUUGUAACCAAGUAAUCAGCAACUAGUCAACUCAUAAAGAGAUGAUGAAUUAGCCAAGUCAGGUUACCUACCAAUGUUUACCAUCAAAUUAAAUGCAUAAAGGACUUGGCUUUUUCUAUUUGCAUGAGCACCAUUUAGAUAAAAAAAAAAAAUAAUAAUAAUCAAAUGAACAUAGAUAAGAGUAAAUGACACAAUCAUUUCUCGCAGCCUCUUUUAAAAUGGAGAAGAAAAAACAUCUUAUGUUGAUUACAGUAUAUUUGUUUAAACUGAUAAAGGGAAAAAAGGAGACAUCCCUCCAAAAACAUUUUUAUUGUUUAUUGUUUUGUUUCAUUAAAGAUUUUAUCCUUCUAGAAGGUUGGUGGGGCUUUGUUUUUAAUGUUUGUUUGUUACAAUAAUCUCUGUACAGCUUUCAUAACUUAUGCAUAGACAUUUACAUGACAGUGAUUUGUUCCCUGCAGUUUCUGUUAACACCAUCAUUACAAGUGUAAGACCCAGAGCUCCUUUUUGCUUUCAUUUUGUUCUUCUUUUCAUUAGUGGAUGGAUGGAUGGGUGGAUGGAUAAUGAAUGCAUGGUUGGUUGGAUGGAUCAAUGGAUGAAUGCUCAUGGCAGUAAAGUUCUGCUAAUGGAUCAAUGUUUUGGGCCUGUCACUCUAGAAUUAAGACCACUACCAGUCAAAGGGGGCCUGACUCAAAGCUGAACCAGACCACAUUCUUCUUUGUGAGCUUUAAGAACUCAAGAUUAUUGUCAUAAUAUUUAAGCAAAGAGAAUAAUGUUUUGAAUUUACACAAAGGUACUUAUCAUUGUCUUAUUAGAACCAAUGAAUUCUGGAUAUUUGAGAUUGUUUGAUACAAUAAUUAUGAGUUGUUAUAUUCAAUGGCAAUAUACAGUAUAGUGGUUGUCUUUUGAUUUUUGCUGAUUUCUUUGACUAUUCUUUGGAUAUAUUGGUUGAAAUAAUUUAAUUGAGAGCAAAUAAAAAUCAUAUGAGUUGUUUUA